AUGACCACCAGAGUGUCGCAGGCGUGUCAGCGCUGUCAACGACGGAAGCUCAAAUGCGACGGUCAGCUUCAGUGCUCUGCCUGCAGAACAGCAAAUCAAUCUUGCCUAUACGGCAAUGCGAACAGGAAAAGGGGCCUGGCGGAAGGUUAUGUCCGUGGUCUUGAGCGGCUCUUGGGCUUUGCCAUCAAGCGUGACUCCAGCUUGACCACCGACAUCCAAAAACAUCUCCGCCUCAACGAGUGCAAGCGACCAGAGACUCCUUCUGUCAGCCAAGAGACCAUGCUGGAAUCCUGGAAACACAGCACUGUUGCAAAGGAUGUCGAAUCGCUCUUACCAGCCCUAGAGAGAAACGAGGCGAGACAUUGGCAGUCUCUGUUCGUGGACACCGCUACAGUGGAAUCGCACUCAGUCACCGACGCCAACCCGCCCAUACUCAUUGACCGGGACUUGUCUCACUCAGUUGACCCGGCUCUUGAUGCAGCCCAACCGAAUCAUUCUCCUGACUCUACCAACGUUCAUGUCGCCUCCUUUGGGGACUCUGGAGAAGAAGAUGUCGCCCAUGUCAGCGGACCGGCAUUAGCUGAGGUGCACGCACAUCCUCCAUUCUCAGGAAUUCAGCAUCAACUUCCGAUGAAACUUCCCGACAACUCCAAAAAGAUCAUUGACGCGUAUUUGGCUUACACGAAUUGCUGGUUUCCGAUAUUAGAGCCGCACGAGCUUCUACGAACAUUCCACCAGUAUCGACUUUCAGGUGACGAGCGUUACCGCUCGAGUGAUGAACUCGGCCAAGUGGCUGUGCUGUGGGCAGUCCUUGCAUAUGAGACUUGUAAGGGUGGAGGUUUUGCGGUACCGUUUGACGGCGACUUGCAUGGACACCCUACGUACAAGACAGCGCGACAGCUGAUUCCUGUUGAAGAAGAGGACCACCAGCUCGGUCAUACACAAGCACUUCUCAUUCUUGCAUUGAUCAACCUUGGCCGCGGUCAUUGGAAGGCGUGCUGGCUUCUUGUUGGCUAUGCUCUACGUCUGAUGCAGUACCACGACAAUAAGCAUGAAACGCAAGAUCAGAACGGGGGUGCUAGACCCCAAAUACGCGGCUCUAGGCAAGCCCAUACCUUAGCAGGAUGUUUUAUCUUUGAGAAACUGCUUGCAAUGAGGAUGAGGAAAACUUUGCUGGGAAGUCACACAUCUCCGCCCCCCGCGCUGCCCGAGGACGGUUUGGAAGAGUGGGAGACACCCAGAUUACCGGAUCUGAUCAUUCAGUCGCAAUAUAAGCCAUCAGCAGAGGUCCCGGGGAGGAUUCUCAGCACGUUCAACAGGCUUACUUCUACCAUCGACUAUCUCGGUAACCUGCCCCUGACUGUUCAGCGAGCAGAUCAUCUUAAUAUGUCUGAUUUGCGACAUGAACAGGCUUUAGAAACCCUGCAAUCGACCGGCCCCCCAAAAGACCACGAGUCGGAUCCUGAUUCUUAUCCUCAAUUCUUGUUAAGCUACCUAGUGAACCAGUGUGUUCUUUUGACAGUAAACCGCCAAAAGAUAUGGGUACCCCAAACCGAUCAGCCAGGGUCCGUGACACCCGAUGCGGACUGUCUUGAACCGCUUAUACGCUUUUCUUGUGCUAUGCGAGACUUUGAACGCACACACGGAGCAGGCCGAGUACCGGUCAUGUUGGUCGCGAUUUGCAGUCGAAUGAUUGAGGAUCUCGUGAUCCUUGCCAAAAUCCCGCAGUUGUGGACGAAAUCUGCCACGAUUUCGGCGGUCGAUGCCGUCGUCAGUUCGAUGCAGAAAUUUGGCAGAAUCUGGCCAGCUUUUAGGCACCUUGGAAAAACCGUCUCUUCCAUCAAAGCGGCUUCGAAUCUUGGACGGCAACAUCCUGCCGUCCUAAAUCCGAAUCUGCUACAACAUCGGUCUCAUUUGGCUAGUGACACGGGCUGUAUACACGCAGGAAGUAUGGACAGUCCGUCACUCGUUGCGUCUUGUGCCGCCAUCGGUUCAAGCUCAACCAGCGGUGCAUUUGCGGGUGGUACUGAGUCUCAAGCACAGAAUCCCGCCUUGGCCGGUCCCGGCGGCGUAUCAGCCAUGGAAAGCCAGCCACAAGCUGCAAACAUCUUCGAAGAUGACAUGCUGGCUGGUGGUGUCAACGACGUCUACUUUCAACUUGCUCAAACCGACAUGAUGGAGUGGUCGGGAAAUUGGCAGCAAGAGGGGCUCCAAACACUUGGAUUCGACAACAGCUCAUUUGAACGACUCUACAGUAUCGGGCAAUGA